AUGAAGUUCACCACUUCCUCCCUUGCCCUGCUGGCUGCCACCGGCGCCCAGGCUCACUACAACUUCCCCAAGAGCGACUACGAAGGCACCCUCUCAGCCGACUGGACCACCGUCCGCAAGACCGACAACUACAACUCCCACGGCCCCGUGCAGGACGUCAGCAGCGACCUCAUCCGGUGCUACCAGUCGUCCUUCGCCGCCGCCGCCGACACCGUCGCCGUCAAGGCCGGCUCCGACUUCACCUUCACUGUCGACCCGGAUAUCCAGCACCCCGGCCCGCUCCAGUUCUACCUCGCCAAGGUUCCCGAGGGCCAGACGGCUGCUACCUUUGACGGCAGCGGUGAUGUGUGGUUCAAGAUUUACCAGGAUGGCCCGUCCGGCUUGGGUACGGAUACUAUCACCUGGCCUAGCUCUGGCGCCGCCGAAGUAACAGUGACCAUCCCCUCCUGCGUCGCCGACGGCGACUACCUCCUGCGCGUCGAGCACAUCGCGCUGCACAGCGCCAGCCAAGUCGGCGGGGCUCAGUUCUAUCUCGCCUGCGCGCAGCUUUCCAUCUCUGGCGGCUCGGGCACCCUCGACACCUCCUCGGCGGUCUCUUUCCCCGGCGCGUACUCCGCCCAGGACCCCGGUAUUCUGUUCCAGCUUUAUUACCCCGUGCCCACGGAGUACAUUAACCCUGGUCCGGCCGUCGUUAGCUGCUAG